CUUAGAGAGGGAAGAGCAGGAACCAUAAAUGAGUGCUGUCCUCAACCAAGGUGCUGGAGACCGCCCACUGGCAUUCUGCUACCAGGUGAAUGGGUCUUGCCCCAGGACUGUCCAUCCUCUGGGUCUCCAGCUGACCAUCUACCUGGCCUGUGCAGCAGGCAUAAUUGUUACAGUCCUAGGAAAUUUGUUUGUGGUGUUCACUGUGUCCUACUUCAAAGCACUUCACACUCCCACCAACCUCUUGCUGCUUUCUCUGGCCCUGGCUGACAUGCUGCUGGGUCUGCUGGUCCUGCCGCUCAGCACCGUUCGCUCGGUAGAGAGCUGCUGGUUCUUUGGAGACUCCCUCUGCCGCCUGCACACCUACUUGGACACCCUCUUCUGCCUCACCUCCAUCUUUCACCUCUGUUUCAUUUCCAUUGACCGCCACUGUGCCAUCUGUGAGCCUCUGCUCUACCCCUCCAAGUUCACGGUGAGGGUGGCUCUCAGGUACAUCGUGGCAGGGUGGGGGAUGCCAGCAGCUUACACGGCCUUCUUUGUCUACACAGAUGUAGUUGAGAGAGGGCUCAGCCAGUGGCUGGAAGAGAUGCCUUGUGUGGGCAGUUGCCAGCUGCUGUUUAAUAAGUUCUGGGGUUGGUUGAACUUCCCUAUGUUUUUUUUCCCCUGCCUCCUCAUGAUCAGCUUGUAUGUAAAGAUCUUCCUGGUUGCUGCCAGGCAGGCCCAGCAGAUCAACACCUUCAACAAAAGCUUGGGGGGUGCUUCCAAGCGUGAAAGAAAAGCUGCCAAGACCCUGGGCAUUGCAGUGGGCAUAUACCUCUUGUGCUGGCUUCCCUUCACCAUCGACACACUGGUGGACAGCCUCCUCAACUUCAUCACUCCACCUCUGGUCUUUGACAUCCUAAUCUGGUUUGCUUACUUCAACUCAGCCUGCAACCCUAUCAUCUAUGUCUUCUCCUACCGGUGGUUCAGGAAGGCUCUGAAACUCAUCUUCAGUCCAGAGAUCUUCUCACCUCGGACACCCACUAUUGAUUUGUACCAAGAAUGAUGACUCCUUUAACUGGCUUUAGGUGAACGGGAAGCCUUUGCAGGAAAGCUAAGUGGUGCUGUGGCAGUGGGUGGUGUGGUGUCAUGAGUUCAUGGGCAUGCUUCCAGGCAGCCUGGUUUAAGUGGAGGGGGAAAAUCAGCUUCUUAAAUAGGAAAGAGAUAUAGCACUCCGUUCAUUCAAUGUUUCUAUAGCAGAAUGUACGAAGGAGAGAGGGAAGUCAUCUAAGCAUUUAUUGGGUAAGCUAAAACUUUAUGAAAAUAUUUGGGCCUUCAUUCAUUGUCCCCUUGAGACAGCUAAGACAUGAAAGUGGAGGAGGAAGAGCACAGAAGUCAGGAUAUCUGAGUUCUCGUCCUGGUUUUACCACCCGGCAGGGCCCCGUGGGACUACCUCAGCAGUCUUUGACUUCCUCCCCCAUCACCUAGUUUCCUCCUUUUCAAAAUGAGGGGUUUGUACUCUAUGUUUUCUAAGGUGUCCUUAAGCUCAAGUAGCAUGUAAUCUAACUAUGGGAAGCAUUGCCUGAAUCCUAAUUUCACCUCACUUUUCAUAGUUGUAGUUAGGGGUUUGGAAC